GGAAGAUAUAUUGGUUCAGUAUUUCACAAAUACGAGACUUUGGCCCUUAAUAGUGUUCUAAAUUGGUAUUUUGGGUCUUCUGUAUUUUACGCUAUGACUCUUUUUACAACAAUAGGUUAUGGAACAAUUGCUUGUCAAACUGCUCUCGGAAAAUUUGCUUCUAUCGUUUAUGCUCUGUUUGGCAUUCCCAUGAUGUUAAUGGUACUUGGGGAUGUUGGGCAAUUAAUACUUGGAUUUCUUUUGUAUUGCCGUAAAAGUGUUAGAGAAUAUUAUCGUCGUUGGUUACUGCGCGCCUAUGUUUCUGAUAUUAUUAUUGAAGAAGAUAUUGAAUCAAAAAUUGUCGAAAAAAGUAAAUUAGAAGAGGGGGAAGGGGAGGAGGAAGAAGAAGAAUUGUCUCUUUCAUUAUUAUUACCCAUUGUUGCAAUUUAUAUUUUAUUUGUUUCAACUAUAGUAUCUCUUCUAGAUUGGAGUAAAGAUGGAAAGUUGUUAAUUGGAGGUUUAGGUUUUGGAGAUGCUUUUUAUUUUUCCUUCCUUUCUCUAGCUACCAUAGGCUUGGGCGAUGUUAUGCCUUAUAAUUUGCAAUAUACUCCCUUAUUGGCCUUUUUAUUUCUUGCAGGACUUGCUCUAUUAAGUCUAGUUAACUCUACUAUUUACGUUCGCCUUCAAAACCGUUUUCUUGCAAUAAUGGAUUGUUUGGAAGAUUUUCUCGAAAAAGUUCAAUAUAACAACCAAAAAUCGUUGGAAGGAUAUUUUACAUUUAUAUCACUCGCUCCGAGUAUUAAGGCAAAUUUUUAA